AUGGCGGCUGCUGCCACGUCUCAGAGCAUCCAGGAACGACUGCGUGUUCGUAAUCUGUCAAGGUAUUACUGCGCUCUGCCACAGCGACAAGACAACAGCGAUGGCACUGUUUUCUCUCGCGACCAUGUGUCCCGAUCGGCGGCAGCAGGCAUAUCAACCCCUUGCCUGUCCACGGACGGCGCCCUCACCUCUUUCGCCCAGCUCGCUGCCCUCAAGCUUAAAUGUCAACGCUCAUACAUCUCGAUGAUCGACGACAGGUACCAGUACAUCAUAGCUGAAGCUACCUCUUCCAUCUCUCUCUUCGACUCCGAUGACCACGAUGUCGACGAUCAACUGGUCGUUGGUGUCGCUCCUCUUCCUCUCGACGCUGGAGUCUGUCCACGAACCAUAGCUGCCUUUACGGGCACGGAGAAGAUCGAGUUUACCGAACCCAACAAUGUGGCACAGAGAAGCCAUGUCCUCAUUGAAGAUCUCCUUCAGGAGGGCGUGACAAAGAACUCUCCUGUUCUGGCUGCCCUUCCUCCUCUCCUGCGAUACUAUCUCGAAGUUCCGCUGCUCUCUCCAACCGGCUUUGUGAUAGGUUCCAUCUGCGUCGUUGACCCUAAAACACGUCCCACAACCCCGAAAGACAUCAAGAAACUGCAAGAGGUCGCAAAUGUCGUCGUGAGUCACCUUGGUUCUUCUAGGAUAAGAGAAGAUCACAGACGUGCAGAACGCUUGCUCGAGGGCCUGUCUCACUUCAUUCGUGGUCAAGAAAGCAUGUCUGAUUGGUCCAUGGAAUCCAACGAAAGAGACAACAUUCCGAGCAUUGUGCCAACAGAGCCGUCGCUGAAAUCCCUGCAACUCAGUGACUCCACCGAACAGGGGCCAGCCUCUCCCACCGUUCCUGCCAUUUCCUCGAGAGCCACCUCAGGCACUGUCAAAUCUUCCAAUCCUCUGUACACGCUUCAACACCGAAGCGGUACUCGAAAUUCCGCCACUACACCGAUGAGCUCAGUCGACCCACUCGCGCCGACUGAGUCGUUGUUCCCUCACCGAACCGAUGCCGAUGUCGAGGUUGGCUUUGAUCCUAUGGAUGAACAGCCUUCCCGUGACCGUGCCGAAGCAGCCACGUCAGCCACUCUCAAAAUACGACAGACCUUCUCCCGAGCGAGCAAUCUGCUGCGCGAAGGCAUGGAUCUAGACGCAACAUGCUUCCUGGAAGUACCACAGAACGAAAGGUUUAGGAGUGGUAAAGCUAGAGGCAUCAUGCCGAAAAGAGUAAAGGGUACCAAACACGAAUCCACUACCCCAAGCGAGUCAGAGACUCAGACUGACGAGCUGUCUGAUGGUAGUCCGCAAGGAUCCAGGAGCUCGUCCUCACAAUCUAGUGGUGUCUUGUGUCAUCGUCUUGGCUUCGCCACUCGCACCAAUUCUAGCCUUGCAGGCACCGCUACCACCAUACCCUACCUUACCAUCACUGCGGAGCUUUUAUCUGUACUCUCCACAAAGUAUCCCGAGGGUCACAUCUUCCACUUUGAUCAGUAUGGAUGUGUCUCUUCUGGUGACGAACCCGACAACAGGCCACGAAACACAAAGUCGAAACUCAAAUCUAGAAGCAGCAAGGCGUCAAGUACACUCUUUGAAAUGUUCCCCGCCGCACGAAGUCUCGUCUUCUGUCCACUCUACGACAAUGAGCAACAGCAGACAUAUGCCGCCUUUCUUGGUUUUACCUGUGACGCUCACCGAGCACUUCAACCACAUGAGCUGGUCUAUGUUUCAGGCUUUGCCAACAGUAUUAUGUGUGAAGUCAUGCGACUCGAAGCACUAGCGGUCGACAAGGCAAAGUCGGACUUUAUCUCCUCCAUCAGCCACGAACUCCGAUCGCCGUUGCAUGGCAUCCUAGCCUGUACACAACUCCUCUCCGAAGCCGAAAUUUAUCCAAAGCAAAAAGAGUUCAUCACUAUGAUUGACAGUUGUGGACGUAGCCUGCUAGAUGUCAUGGACCAUCUAUUGGAUCAUGCAAAGAUCAAUCGUUUCACAAAAAGUAAAGUCAAACGAGACGACACAAAAGCCAGGACGGGCAAUAGAGGCACAAAACCAGAGACACAUAGUCUUGUUACAGAAGUUAAUCUAUUGUCGAUCGUCGAAGACACGACUGCGAGCAUGGGCGCCGGUAGCAAUCAGAUGCUACAGCCUAAACGGUGGUCUCCAUCAGGCAUGCCCUCUCCUUCCGGUGUUCAAGGCAACACGUUAAAGCUGACCGUUCCGACAAUCUUGCACAUCGAGCCUAGUAAAACGUGGCUCUUCGAUACCGAAGUUGGCGCGUGGAGACGCAUUAUAAUGAACCUUGUCGGAAAUUCGUUGAAGUAUACUCAAGCGGGUCAUAUUGAUAUUGCUUUCAGCGUGAGUGAAAGGCCUCGCAAGCCCGGAAAGUUUUAUGCUGAUCUCAAAAUCACCGAUACGGGACAAGGUAUCUCUGAAUCUUAUCUACGACAUCGGUUGUACACACCCUUUGCCCAAGAAAACAACCUCUCCCAGGGCACUGGCCUCGGACUCAGCAUGGUACAUCAAAUCGUGUCGUCACUCAAGGGAACCAUGGAGGUUAACAGCGAAGUUGGAAUUGGCACUGAAAUCAUAGUUUCUAUACCUCUUACAGCUACCGAGAACGAUUCCGAAUCGACGUCGUAUACGGCUUCCGAAGCUCUUAGAGCAGAGACUGUGCAACUUGUGCGAGGUCGAACGUUUGCGUUCGCAGGCUUCAAUGACUUGCCGCCCAUAGACGAGCAACCGACUGGAAUCCUAGAUCCUCGCGCGAAGGCGUUGCUAUCGGUCCGAACGUCGUUCGCUAGCCUCUUGACUGAAUGGUUUGAAUUGCAGCAGACUGACGAGAGUGAUUGUGAUAUUUGCGUGGUGGAGGAGCGUACGCUGGAGAAUAACCUGAGCAAAUACGAUCAUGCUGGCAAGAACCUAUUGGUAGUCGGUAUUGAUGGAAGAGGCCUUGAAGACAAAGUCCAGAAUGCUAGAUUUGUGUCUGCUUUACCACCGAUCGGGCCUGGCAGACUCGCAAGUCUACUACGACAUCUAGUAACAGAACCCUUGGCAUCAAACUCGAAUCGGUCAAGCUCUAGACAAACGCUCCCUCCGUCGAAGCUGCCAGAAGACCAAGCUCAAUCUGUCACAUACGAUUCUACUGAGUCAGAUCGCCGUCCAUCUUCGGCUCUGUCAAGAAGCUCAAGUGCCGCAGCUAAUACUGAAGUUUCUUCGACCCCCCACGUUACCCAGAAAGAUACAACUACUGAAAAUCUAGCUAUACCAUCGAAAAAGAAUGUUAUACUGCUCGUUGACGAUAACGAUAUAAACCUUCGUAUUCUGGUGGCUUGUGUGAAACGUCUCAAGCUUACCGACACUGAAUACGAGACUGCCGCUAACGGUAAAGAAGCCUUAGACAAAUACAUAACACUGCACAGGGCAGGUAGAAAGAUCGCACUGAUCCUCAUGGACCUUUCAAUGCCUGUUAUGGAUGGCUUCCAGGCUACCCGCGAGAUCAGGAGAUACGAGCGGGAACAAAACCUGAAAACUAAGAAAGAAAAGAGUUAUAUUGCUGCUAUCACAGGACUGGCCAGUGGAAAAGCACAAGACGAGGUCGAAAACUCUGGGUUUGAUCUCUAUUUACGGAAGCCUGUCGAUGUGAAGGUUGUGCGGGGCCUUUUGAUGGAGAAACAGAACAGAGACGAAUCACAUGACGAAUGA